AUGCCUCCACGAAAUAACCCUGUCCCCAAUGCCGUUCGCCUCUUCAACUGCGCCAUAUGCGACAAGGGCUAUCCUCGCCAGCUUGACUAUGAAAACCACCUCCGCUCCUACGAUCACAACCACAGGCAACGCUUGGCCGACAUGAAGAAGUUGACCGCCAACAACGACAGCGAGGGCAACAAGCCCAAGCAAGGGCUCGACAUGCGCACCAUCAACGUUGAGGAUGCGAACAAGAAGCCUGGAGUGGGUAGUCGAUUUACGAAGAUCGGUGGGGGAGCAGCAGCGAGUGGCAGUAGGUUCAAGAAGGUUGGUGUUGCUGUUGGGAAGGAGGCAGAGAAGAAGGAGGCAGACAAGGAAGAGGAGGAGCCUGUUGUCCAGAGCGUGGAAGUUGACGUUGCAAAUGUCAGACAUGGGGAGAAGGAAAGUGCGACUGAAGCUGCUUCGCACCAGGUAGGGGAGGCACAGAAAGAGGUUCUGGCCACGAAGAGUGAGGGAGGGGAAGAAGAUGGAGAUGAAGAUAUCACGUGGGAAAAAUACGAUUUCACUAAACCGACUGGGUGUGAUCAUCAGAGCUGCCCUGGCUGCAAGACAGAUGGUAUAUGGAAUGGCGACACUUUUGCUGCCCUCCAAAGUCCAUGUCUGAAGCCUGGCCUCAGAUAUACAAGUACCCUUGCCAGUCUACACCUCCUCAAACACCUGGCCAUCAUAUCGGAUCGCUGCCAACAAAUUUCUGGCCACAAUCCUCCAUAUAUCAUCUCGAACAUCUAUACACCGCGCAUGACACCCCACCUACCCAAAUAUGUCGUCUUCCACGAAUGA